UUCUAUGACGUCAUAACACGGAACUUAUUUUAUAAAGUCUACCGUUCGGACGUGUUUUUUUUUUUCUUUAGGGAAUUUAAAAUGUUUAUUUUCGUCGAACUUGAAUGUUAAUGUUCUAACUGCGUAUUAGCGUUUUAAACUAACACGAAUUAAUCCAUAAUUUUGAAGGGAAAAAAAAAGGGAAGAGUUGAGCCGUUUUUGGCGGGGCAGGUGCUCUAGCUAGCCACGUUAGCAGCCACCGUUAGCAUUAGCCUCAGCCCAUAUGGUGUCUUUUAAUGCGUUUUGUGAAGCGCAAAAGAACACAUGUCGUAUUGCGAGUGGUUUAACAUUAUCGGAACGUACAUUGUGUUGAAAAAGGUUCGUUUUUACUUGAAACUGUUGGAUGUUUGGAGCCGCCAUCUUAAGUGACUUCGGCUUUCUUCGGCUUUCCGAAGUCGAGAAAGUCAGGCUUGCCUUCCGAACACUCUCCCACUUGGGAUGGAUGAAUAAAUACAUGUAGAAUUGAACUUUAUUGUAAUAAAAUAUAAUCGGUCUGCUUUCUCGGAGGACUCCAGAUAUCAGAGAAUAUUUACUGUUGAAAAUCUGAAAUCCAGACAAUUUUGGUCAAAAGUGGGCUCCAAACAUUUAUCAAAAUGGGUGGCAAUUUGAGAACUGAUUAAUUGUUGCACGUCUUCAAUUAUAGCACAUGGUGAAUAAAAGGUUCAAAACCGGUUCAAUGAUCGUGAACAGAAUCCCUCACUAACUUUUUAAGUGAUGAUGUAGGCGUGAAUGAGCGUGAAGAUGAUCAUGAAGACACACAAGCGCAAGCUCCAGCCGGAGUCGUCCUCCGAGGAGUCGCCCGGAGGCGGCGGGGGCUGCGGCGCCCUGGCGUGGGAGAGGCAGCGUCAGUUUGUGUUCAGCGUCUCCCUGCACAAGUACCAGCGGGACCAGGAGCUGCCUGAGCCCAGCCUGCGCAGGUCAGUCCUCAUCAGCAACACCCUGCGGCAGGUGGAAGCGUGUCGGGCGGCCUCCCCCGACCUCCGGGCGUCUCCUGCGCUCGUAGGAGAGCCGACCGCCGCCGGAGAGAACGACCUGCCGUCGCCGGCCAAAUGCCAGCGGGUGGCGUCGAGCGGCGCGGCGCCCGAAGAAGCGGAGGACUGGUGCUCCCUGUCCGCCGACCCCGAUUUCACCAUCUCGCCCGCCGUCACGUCCAUCCUCACCGGCCUGGACACCGGGCCGGACGACGGCGCGCCGCACCUGACGCCGCGGGCGGCCCUCAGGUCUCUGGAGAACCUGCAGGCCUGCCCGGUCGCCGGCGUGUUGUGGCCGAGGCCGCCGGUCCGAGGCGUUCACGGCCCGGACCCGAUGGAGUGGGAGGCCGGCGCCGAGGCGGCGCGCUCCGGCUACCUGAAGGACGUGACGGCCGACGAGGACGUGUUCCAGGACAUAGACACGUCCCAGCUGGAGCGGGACAUGGGGAUUCUGGGCCUGCGGGGUGACGGGCGCCCGCCCGGGGACGCCAAGGGCCUGCCGUCCUUCUCGUCCUUCAGCUCGCCGCCGGCCCCCUUCAGGGACGGACUGGAUCUGGAGCACCUCGUCACCAUGCUGGUCGAGACCUGAGGGGGCGUCAGAUUUUAACCCAACGCUGCUAAGCAGUAUGGAAAGCUGCUUGAGCAUUUAGUCUUGAGCCUUCAGAUCCGUUUUUAGGUCUGUGUACUAGUACGGGCUUUGUCCUCAUUAGUAAGCCAAUUCAGCCACUGGUACAACAACUGUGUCGGACUAGUAAUGUUUUUUUCCCACAACGGUAUGACAAUACUGCACACGAGUGGGGCAACUUUACCAUCCUAGUAGAUAACUACUAGUGAGGCUAAAAUGUACACUAGUCAACAACUACAUGCUACUAGUACACUGAACCCCUAUAUUUGAGCAAGGAAAAAAUUAGAGUAAUUGCCGCCCACCCCACAAAGGUUUGUAAUUGCCACAAGGUGGCAGAAAGGCACUUUUUUUCCCGACUAGACAAAGCAGUGAAGCUCCUCCCCUCAGUGCAACACAGUUCCUUGGCAUCAAGAUAGUGCCAAAGCAAUACUUUUAUAGUAGACAUGACGGGGGAGCACAAAAACGCUGAAUAAAGGAGGGGAAGUUCUCACCAAAAAAUUAAGUUCACAGGUUCACUGUAAUACUAGUGAAAUAAAGUUCUACUAGUUAAUAUCUAGUGCAGCACUAGUAGUACUGGUAGUGCCCAGAUGUCAACUAGGGUACAGUUUUGAACCACUAGUAACGUCAUGCAGUAGUAGAAAAAAAAUGGUACUAGUAAGUCAGUUGUGAUUCGAGUGUGUUGAAUACUUUUACUAGUGAUGACAAGAAGACUAGCACACGGACUUGAAGCUGGAUAUCAAGGCGCCUUAAAAGUUGGUCGGGCAUUUAUUCCAUGUCCUUGAUGAGGUGGCUACUAGUGCCUGAUACAUGCCUGUGAGUUUGGGCCCCAAGUUUUAAUUGCAUACUUGUAGGCCAAAUGUGGCACUAGUAGUGGAAAGCAAUGUUACUUGUAAGAGACUUCGACUAGUGUGCUUAAUUGUCUUAGUAUUUAAAACGAAGAGCGUGCUAGUACAUGGGCCUCAUCAAGGAUGUGGACUAAAUGUUGAAACAUGUUUUUCAUGAUUACAAAUAUGAAUCUGUUACCGUACGAAGAUGAACUGACAGCCGUCAAGUGUGGAAACACUAAAAUGUUGCGUGGAAUCUUCCGUGAAGAAAAGUUUCACCUUGUAUUUAUCUUUCUUUCUGUUGUUCUUGUGAAGAGAUUUUGGUCCGUGCUCUCGUUUGGUAUUCGCAAAAGUUCCGGCCGAGACUCUCGGCUCCGUUUCCUUGAUGGAGUGAAAGCACUUUUUUGGGUGGCAAAUGUGAAUAUGAUUUACUGAGCGAGUUAUGUUUUCUUUUUUGGGUUGGGGGGGGGGGGGGGGGGGGGGGAGUUGUUCACUGACACAAAGUGUUCCAAUAAGCCUCAAAUGUCCGGUUUUUACAAGAACUUACCACUAACACCAUUUUUCUUGUGCCUGUUUUAUAAAGGAGGGCAAAAUGUCCGCAUCACAUUUUCUUUUUUAAGAGUUGUAAUUGUUUUUUGACCUGUAUUUUUUUAUUAAAAUGUGAUAAUGACAUUGUU